AAUGCUCAUUACUCGCACGUGGUUUGUGAACAACAUUUUUUGUCGCGAUGCGAUGCUAUUUUGUGAUUAACAGUUUAAAUUAGUUUUUAUAGUUAUUCAGAUUAUUUAUUAUUGUUAAUAUAUUAUUACUUUCUAGAAACAAUAUAUAAAUUAUAAUGAAAGUUAAAACGCCAAUAUCAAAACCAAAACCUCAAAAGAAGUCUUUGUCAAAUGCUAUUCAAAAGAAAAAAAAUUCAAAACCAGGCGAUAGUGCUCUGAAGAAUGUUGUUAAAAUAACUGAUACAUUUGAGGAACUUAAAGCAGGCAAAGAACCGACUGGUAUCUCUUGUGCUAAUAUUUCAAAACCUAUUAAGAAUUCUAUUAGUAAAUCAGUUAAACACCCAAAAAAAAUGAUAAUAAAGGAGAUUGCUAUUUCUUCUCCAAUAAACUAUGAUGAAUCAAAUAUAGAAGUCCCAUCAAAAAAAAAAAAAAAUCAAGUAUCUACUAAAAAAUUCAAAGUCUUAUCAAAACCUAAGGAUACAGAAGAUUGUACUCAAUCAAAAAAUGAUAAUUUUGAUCCAAGACUUGAUCUUGUUAAAGUUGAAGAAGCUGUUAAAGGACUCUUUAAAUUAGUUCAAAAUGCAACAAAAGCAAAAAAUGAUAUUUUUAAUGAAUGUACACCAAUUCACUUAACAAUAACUGCUGUAAAAAUGGGAAUUGGUCCAAAACGAGUUGUGAGAAUACAUUUGCCAAAUUCAUUAAUAACAGACACAACUGAUAUAUGUUUAAUUGUACCUGAUCUUGUACGUGGACGAAAUGUAGAUCAUGAAAAAACUUAUCAUUAUUUUAAAGAUUUAUUAGCCCAAAAUGGAAUAACCAACAUAAAAACAAUUUUGCCAGCAAGACAAAUAAGAGUUGAAUAUAAUGAAUAUGAAGCUAGAAGAAACUUAUGUCAUUCUCAUGAUAUAUUUUUAAUUGACCAAAAAAUAAAUGCAUUUUUAGUGAAAAAAUUGGGAAAAGAAUUUUACAUAAAGCGAAAGUUCCCUAUAACUGUUAAAUUAUCAAAGAAAUAUUUAAAAGCAGAAAUUGAAUCGAAGUUGCACAAAACAUCAUUUUUCCUAGAUUACAAAGGCACAACAAAAACUCUUCAAGUAGGUCAUAUGAAACAAACUCCAAAGCAAGUAGCUGAAAAUAUUGUAGCAGUUUUUAAUGACCUUGCUCAUAGCUAUCCAGGAGGGUUAAAAAAUGUACGAUGUCUUUUACUAAAAACACCAUCAUCUGAAAGUAUACCAAUAUAUUAUUCAAUGAUUUCUAGAAACGAUGUGAAAGGACCUUAUAGUAAAUCUUCAACAUUUUCCAAAGAAAAAGAUACUGAAGGUGAACUAUUUGGUAAACGAGUUAAAGUCAAAGCUAAUGGAGAUGUUGAAAUUCUUUCAGGUUCAGAGGAAGAUAUAUCGGACUUUGGUGAUGAAGAAGAUGUUGUAUACAGAAAGAAGAAUAAAAAGGAUGAUAAUGAAUCAGAAAAUGAGGAUGAUAAAAAAAUUUACAAGCCAUUAGACAGCGAUGAAAAUGAUGAAGAACAAGAUGACCCUAAUAAGUCCAAUAACUCUGAAGAUGAAAGUAUAUCUGAUGGAGAUGGUGAUGAUGCAGAAGCAGAAUAUUUGAAUGAAUUUGAACAGUCAAAAAAAUUAAAGUCAAAAAAAAAACAAAUAAAAAAUGAAGUAUCAGAAUCAAAUGACCACAAAAAUACAGUUACAAAAAAAAAAAAAAAAANUGACCACAAAAAUACAGUAAAAAAAAAAAAAAAAAAAAAUGGUAAAGCACCAUCUAAAAAAAAUCUAUCUAAGAAAAAUGAUUGAACUAAUUUUUUUAAACAUGUAAAUCAAUUAUUUUAUAUAUGAAAAAGUGUAUAUGGAAUAAACAAUUUUUAAUAUUAGACAAUAAAAAGGUUGUUUUUAGUAUAAA